UAGUUAAAGGACCAGCUGCUUCGAAGUCCUCAGGCUCAGACUGUCCAGAGGGUUCAGCCUUUAGCUUUCUCCUUGGAACUCUGCUCAGGGGACUGACCUACACGCUGCUCAGGGACUUGUGCAAACAGGCACAUACGUGGGGCUGCGUAAACAGGAUUCCAUCUGCGACUUUAACCGUCUGCUGCAGUGUCCCUUCUUCACCCCAGAGCUCAGAGAGGCCAUCCUCAGCUGCAAUCAUGUUGGCGACUCCCACAUCAUGUACCAUCUUGCAAAGGCAGUGUCAAGAGAUGACUGGUAAUUCAUCACCACCUAAUACUGAAGAAAUUAUCCAAUAUCUUAGGAUGAACAAUGGUAAACCUGCUGGGCCAUCUGUUGAGUCUGUGGGCAACUUUGACACUAGUGAUACAUCCAGCCAAGGCUCCUCACUUGCACGUGAAACUCAGAUGUCUUGGGAGACAGAGGAUGCUGCCAUGCAAGAGGGUGGAUCACCGGCUUCCAGCAGCAGUGCAUCCCCAGUGCAGUUACCGUCUGACCCAAGAAAAGGCACAUACGUGGGGCUGCAUAACCAGGGUUCCACCUGCUACUUAAACAGCCUGCUGCAGUGUCUCUUCUUCACGCGAGAGCUCAGAGAGGCCAUCCUCAGCUGUGAUAAUUGUGACUCCGGCAUUGUGUGUCAGCUGAAAAAGCUGUUUCAAGAACUGAAGCGUAAUAAAUCAGCACCUUCCACUGAAGGGAUUACGAGAUGUCUUGGGGUGAGAGAUGUGCACCAGCAGCAGGAUGUUGUGGAAUAUUUCCGGAUUCUGAUGAAUAAAAUCAUUGAGGACAAUGAAGGGAUUCAGCAGCUAUACCAGGUGGAAAUGGUCCAUUCCAUCACUUGCCAUGGAUGCAAACAUCAAACUAGAAUCAAGGAGGAUCCUGUCCUGAGUCUUGCUCUCUCUCUUGACAAGUGCAACUUGGAAGCUUAUUCUGUGUGUAAGGCUUUGGCUGCUGUACAGAAAGUAAAUGAAUUUACUGGUGAUGAGCAGUUCUAUUGUGAAACAUGUGAAAGCAAACAAGAUGCCACCUCGCGCUGCUACUUUGAAACUCUACCCCAGAUUCUGGUUCUCAAUUUGAAGAGAUAUCAGUUUGAUGGUAACUGGUUUAGAAAGCUGAAUUAUGACGUGUCUGUGCCUUUUUCACUGACUGUGAAUUCGGAAGCGCAGCCUAACACACAGUAUGAGCUCUUUGCAAUUUGUCACCAUUCUGGAGGAAUUCACGGUGGCCAUUAUGUGGCUGAGAUAAAGUCAUUUGAAAACGACUGCUGGUACAACUUCAACGACACCAUAGUGAGUGAAGUGCAAGAAGAAAGGAACUCAACGGGUGCCAAGAACAGUUCCACUGCAUAUCUGUUAAUGUACCGCAUGGCGGCCUGUGAUGCUAAGCCAAACAGAAAUACUCAGUUCGAGUUCCUUCAGCGUCUUCUGACGACUGCAUCCAUGGCAAGUGAGCCUGCACCUGCAGCACCAGCUAAACUAAUGCAAGAAGCUCAACCGGAGCCUGAAAUAUAACCCAGUGCAUCAGUGGAGAGCUGUUCACAGUCGAUGGAGACACUCCUAUCACCUGAAUCACUUCCAGUGAGGCCAAGCCAAA